AAUACAAUUAGCAAGGUGAUAAUUGAAAAUCACCAAAAUGGGCUAAACCAUUACUUUAACAUUUUGUCGUGUCUAUUUAAUCCGAUUAUCAUUUCUGUUGGGAUUUAAAAAAUUUAUGAAGCAUAUUUUCUUCAUUACAUUUUUGUUGUAUUUAUAUCUCCAGUAGCGCAGAUCAAUAUUUUUAUCAACAUUUUAUGAUGAUAAAUUUAUUGCAAUCAGGGUUACCUUCAAGGAAACACAGGUGCAAAACCUGUCAGGAAGCUAUUUAAAACAUUGACCUACAUACCAGGUUUAUCUCAAAUAUCUAUUGAGAUAUUGAUUAAUUUUGUUUUUCAUGUAUUUCCUUCGAUUCUGAUUUAUAAUCUAUAGAAUUUGAAUCUUUAUUUUCAAAUGAGGAUUUUGUAUUCUGUCCUUGUAACAUUGCUUGCAAUUGGAAUUCAUGAAGGGAGAUACGUGCGGAACUGCGAUAAAAACACACACAUAGAUUUGUUAUCUAAGAAUCCUGUUCCAAAUGGAGGUCUCCAAAUCUUAACAGGAACAUGGCGGACUCCAUUCGUCAAUCGUCCGAUGGACGAGAAAAACUUGGUAGACAUAUCACUGACUCCGGGGGACGAUUGCAGUGCUGGGGGUGGUAACGCAGGAAAUGAGGAUUUGGAUCCGGGCGUUUCAGAAGAAUUAAUCAUUAAUGAUCUGGGCGCUUCAGAAGAAUUAAUCAUUGAAUAUGUAAGCAGACGAGGAAAAUUUGACAUUAUGUCAGAUGGAUCCAACUUAAAGAUCAACCGUUUUGUACACCGGCAUGGAUUAGUUACAGAGAUCCCAUCACAAUUGUGUGAUUUUACCAAUAUUGUGAAAAUUGACUUAUCUUACAAUUUCGUGAAAUUUAUUGAAAACAUUGAAUGUCUCCCAAAUCUUUCAACGCUUAUAUCGAAAUUUAACAACAUAUCAGAAAUAAAAAACACAACUUUCUCAAACUCAAAGAACCUAAGGAUAUUGAAUUUAUCCUUCAACCAGAUAAAGAGUCUGGAACCAAACAGUUUAAUUCAUUUGAAUCCAAAUGGGUGUUUUUUACGAUUUUAGUUUUAACAGUUUGACUGAAGUGGAUAUUAGCAACGUUCUACUGGCACGUCACUUCCGCAAUCUAUCAUACCGUAACAACAACAUAACAGACAUUGUAAAUCAACAAAAAUUUUCGCUAAAAGUUUACACGAAGCAACAACACGGAGGACACAUCAAUCUUUCAGAAACCAAAAUAAGCACUAUCAAUUUCCAUAAACUUGGGGUAAGCAAAAUUCUAGAUCUAGAAAAAGGCGGUUAUAGUUUCAGUUUUGAAGGGAACGAAUGGUUGUGUGAUUGCUACAUGCAGUCCUUAUUGGUAGUUGGAGAUCGCCAUUUGUCACAGAUAUGGCCCAACUACAGGAAUGCACUAUGUAAGAACUUCAAUAGAACUAUUGCGGAAAUGCAGCUAUACAAUUAUGACUAUUUAGGGGCGUUUACUUGCUGUUUGAGAAGUACUGAUAAAUGCCCCUCUGAAUGCAGUUGUCAACAAGACUCGCAGAAAGUGGUAGUUAACUGCUCUUCGAGACAGCUUACUGAAAUGCCCAAGUAUAUGCCUGUUGUAACAUGUCAUUUAUAUAUUGAUCUGAGUUACAAUAAAAUCUCCAGAUUGAUGGAUACUCCGUAUCUGCAUUGCGUCAAAGUUCUCAAUCUUUCCUACAACAGUCUUUCUUACAUAAACAACUCCGCAAGGUGCAAGCUUUCAGAGAAGGAAGCACGUGUUAUCACAGAAGGCAGCCCUAUCAAUACUUUCAAUAAGUGUGGAAGAAGAAGAAGUGAAAACGACCAGGAAUCCAGUCCUCUUUGGGAAUAUCUGCAUUUCAUGCUAGGAUUUCUCGCUUUGAUUGCAUUCUUUUUCUUUAUCGUAGCAUCAACGGUUCGUUAUAAACACGAAUUGUAUUGUCUUCGAAAACAUCUACACCGCCCAAGAACACAUAAAGGAGAGUUCAAAUACGAUUCUUACAUAUCUAUGAAUGAAAAUAACAUCCCACUUUUGUCUUGGACAAAAGAAAUUCUAGUGAGAAGAUUAAAGCGAUCAGGGUAUGCAGUUUAUUUUCGCCCAACAGACGAAAGAUUAGGUUGUGUUAAGGAAGAAGAAAUCAUUGAUGCCAUGAGCAAUUCUAGAGUUUACAUAAUACUGCUAUCGGACGACUAUCUGUUAGGUAGCGAAGAACCGUGGAGUAGCAUAGAAUGGCGACAUGCGUGGAACAAGUUCAAGCAGGAAAGCAAUAAACAUAAUAUCAUCAUCAUUAAUUACGACUUCAAGCGGCCAAGAGAAUUUCCGAAAGGUACUCUCAAAGCAAUGCUGAAUUUGAAGAUCGCUUUAGACUUCAGUAAUCAAGAUCGUCGUCUUCAUCAAAAUAUAUGUACGCGCAUUGGCACUCCAAAUAGGAAUUAUUGGGCUCUGAGAAUUGGAUUCAGAAACAUGAAUACAAAGUUUAAUGCUCGCCUCAUUUCAGAGAACAAGUACAUCCGCCAAGAUAAGUGUGAGGGGGCGGGGGGGGGGGGGGGGAAAGAAAAUCCGUGAUAGUGGUAGCCAUCUAAUCUUACCAGCGAUACAACUCAAGACUCAUAAACAGCGAUUUGUUGUCAAAAAAAUUGAAGAAAUUACUUUUGUAUUAAACAACUCCUUAGAAUGCUAGUCCACAUCGGGUUCAUUCUACAGUGUGGUUUUUUUUUUUAUCAGUGACGUAAUAUUUUACGAUGAUGUGAAAACACAAUCACAACGUGAAGAUCUAUACUUAUGAAUUUAAAAAAAAAAAACGUUUGCUCCAGAGUUACUGCUCGCGCCUUUAAUUUUGUUUCAAAUGUGAUGUGAAGUGCUAAAGCUACAUGUAUAAUAGAAUCUUAAUUAAUAAAUAUCGUACAAUUAAUCAAAAGCCUACUUUCGUUUCCGAUAAACUUCCAUGAAAUAGCAAAAUAGUGAACAUGCUUUGGCGGAUCUAGCCAGUUUACAAUUUAAAAGAUAAUACGAUAGGAAGUAAAUCCUUUGUUUAUCGAUGCUUGAUUUUGAUCUUACAGAGGAAAUAAGUUUUAAUGAUUGUUGAACAAAUAAAAUAUGCCUGCUUGUUUUUUCAAUCCGUAAUUUUAGUCUUGAAUCAGCUUUAUUGAAAUUUUCAGAAUGAAGCGCCGAGAACGAGGCAACAUCAUUUAUAGUUAAAGUUUUACAGUCUUCAGACAAUGCACUUCCUCUACUUUGUGAUUGGUAGAAAAUGUAUGAUGUGAAAAUUCUAAUUUAUUUCAUAAGUUGAAAUUCUAUUCAACAAAAGGGAGAUAAUUUGCUUGUGAUCUGAUUUACGUACGACUUAACAAUUUUACAAGAUUUUCAAUCUUUUAAAAAAGAGAGAAAACAUGAGAAGAAAAAAUCUGUUGUUGUGGCCUUCAAUUCGAUAUUUAGAUAUAUCGACGACGUGUUAUCUGUUAACAAUAAUGACUUCCAUUCAUAUGUCGAUUCAAUAUAUGCCAGUGAACUCGAAAUAAAAGACAACACAGAGUCGUCCACUUAUGCUUCAUACUUAGAUAUUUCAUUGACAGUAGAUAUUAACGGCAAACCAACAACUCAACUUUAUGACAAACGGAAUGAUUUUAGCUUCUCUAUCGUCAAAUUCCCAUAUUUAUGUAGCAAUAUCCCAUUAUCACCUAUAUAUCUGCUUAUGGUUAGUGUUGAAAUCGAAGCAGGCUACUGAUAAACAAGUUGAUGGUGCAGGGGUUCCAACAGUCUCAGCAUUUCGCAAAUUCUAUGGUUAUUAUAACGAUCUAGUUUGCCAAUACAACCUAUCAUAGGGUCAAAUGCUGUCUGACGUGUUUAAUAUCGAUUGUUAGGCCGUUCUUGGCAUACUGAUUUUGAUUACGGAUAACUCCGUUUAUCUGAUCAAGAUACAGGGCUCACAGCGGGUGUGACCGGUCGACAGGAGAUGCUUACUCCUCCUAGGCACCUGAUCCCACCUCUGGUAUAUCCAGGGGUCCGUGUUUGCCCAACUAAUUAUUUUGUAUUGCAUAUAGUAGUUAUGAGAUUGAUCACUAUUCGUUAUGUUCACCUUUCACAGCAAGCUUUGUUAAAAAGCUAUACUUGUAGACUCCUAGGUCUACAACCAAUCGCACAUUCUCGGGCCUUUCUGGCAGGCCGAAAAAAAAAUGUUAAUGCGAUUAGUUUACAACAUGAUCAGCAUAAGAUUGUGUGGGUGUUCAGUGUUAGUUAUACUUAUAAUAAUUUUGACUACGUCCAUAUUAUUAUCAUUUUAUGAUUGGUAUAUUUAUUUAUAGGUAGGUAGGUAGGUAGGUAGGUAGGUAGGUAGGUAGGUAGGUACUUAUAUAUUUAUACACCUCAUUCAACGAAGGACACCCCCUCCCACCCCCUCCCGAGACCAAUAACCUGACAUAUCAUUCAUUUUUUGAAUUCGAUAUUUAUCUUAUAUUUUCGAUGUUCUUAACUUUACCCGUGAUUAUAGAAUAAUUCAUUAACAGUUACUGAUAUAUUCAAAUAGUAUAGCCCUUGGAUAUAUUGGUCAUAUAUUUUAUAGAUAUUAAACUACACAAAUAGAAUUGACCCGGUUACCCAACAUGGCUAAGUCAACAAACGAUAUAAUUUGAAGCUGGGACUUUUCGGGUCGUAUGGGGCUUUAAUGAAUAUUAAUUUUGAUGGUAUGUUUGGACACAAGUAUAGUUGGAAACUAUGUUAAGAAUUUUUUUAUAUUGAAUUUAUGAGACGGCAACACAAGAAUACAACGAUAUCAGGCCUCAACCGUGCGCCGCUUUUUGUGCGCCGUAAAUCGAAGGUUUUUAUAAGGGGUGGAUCUGUAGCUCUCAAUUCCGUCAAUUUUUUCCCCAGAGAGCUACAGUUCUGCAGUUAGCUGAAAUUGAAUAGCUUCAAUUUUUUGGUUCGCAAAAGGGGGGAUCCGGACCCCCCCCCCUCUCUCUCUCUCUCUCUCUCUCUCUCUCUCUCUCUCUCUCUCUCUCUCUCUCUCUCUGGAUCCGCCCUUGGAUAUAUUGGUUAUAUAUUUUAGAUAUUAAACUACAAAAUUUGAUAAGCACAUUGGAGUUAGCAGUUGACGAUAAUUCAGAAAAGUUUGUAAGAUAUUCUAAACUGACAAUCAAGGAUAUAAUGAAAAUCGUCAGCUAUUUGACCCUUGUAGCAGAGUUAGCAAUUUUGUUAAUUAUCAAAAGACGUUGCUCAACCAAUUAAUAUCUAUAAAAAGACUUUUUCAUCCCAAUAUGUUGGAGUACCCACAAAUUUUAAUACUUACAAAUUACAGUACUGUAUUAAAUAGAGGUGGUGAAUAAUUUGAAUUAUCUCCCUUACACCGAGUAAGCAUUAUAGAACAAAUGUGAGGUGCAAAUUUGGAUCGAAGCUAAAACCAGUACUUUAUUGCGAAUUAUAAACCGCACAACGCCAGUACAGUACUUCAGAUGAGAUAAAAACAGAUAAAUGUGUACUAAAAAUAUUAUUAGUGUUAUGCCAUAUUCCGUUAUCGAAGUACUAAAGUUUCCAGGAGCCUCGCCCCUGGACUCACUUUGGACCUAAAGGUGGCACCUCUCAGGUUUUUUUUUAUCCCCCCCCCAACUAAAAUCCUGGAUCCGCCCACGAUAUUAAAAGUGUGGAGAUUUGCUCUCUGCCGAAAAAAAAAAUCUUUCACAAUUUGUUCCUAUAACUACCUGAGGUCGUACUUUUUUUUUUUCUUUUUUUUUUUCUUUUUUUUGGUGGUCUUUACAAUAAAAUCUGUGUCAUGACGAGGAUAUCCUCAUUAAACAGGUUUGUUCGGAGAGAGAGAGAGAGAGAGAGAGAGAGAGAGAGAGAGAGAGAGAGAGAGAGAACGUGAUAAAACGCAGUAUUUCAUGUUGUGCAAGUGACUAACUAAAUAUAGACAAACGCUUACUUGUUACCAAGGAAAGAGGUUCGAACUCUGUGACUCCCUCAGUACCCGUGACAUCGGGGAAAAAAUGUAGUGUAAUGAAGAUUGAAUAACAUAUAGGAAAGGUUGGGGUGUUUUUAAUCUUCAAAUUUCUCUGAUGAAUAUGUAAUCUCUCUCUCUCUCUCUCUCUCUCUCUCUCUCUCUCUAUUAUAAUCCACACACAUCACAAUAUUAAAGCGGGUGAAGAGUCAAAGGAAUUUCGGAUUAGGCGGAAAAUGGGGAGAGGCAAUACAUGGAGAUCCAUUCAAAAUUAAGUAAUUAAUCAAACUUAUAUUAAUUACUUAAUUAUUAGAUCUCGUGUUUACAAUUAUACAUAUUUUCAUAGACAUUUCAAUCAGUAAGAAAAGUCGUUAAUUUUCACCUUAGAGCUUGUGGCACGAUGAAAGAGUGGAGGGGGGGGGGGGGGGUGUGCACUGUGACGCUGUUUCAGAUCACACGAUAUACACCCAGGGCUCGAUAUCAAUCAAAGAGAGAUGAUAAUCCAGGGGUAUGUCAUCCUCACAUUGUGAAGGUUUCGUGAGGAGGAUAAGUAAUACAAGACCUUGACAUUGUGAGGUUGGAGGUCACACUAGCGAUAUUUAGUGAGGUUGGAGGUAUGCACACUAGCGAUAUUUAGUGAGGUUGGAGGUCACACUAGCGAUAUUUAGUGAGGUUGGAGGUCACACUAGCGAUAUUUAGUGAGGUUGGAGGUAUGCACACUAGCGAUAUUUAGUGAGGUUGGAGGUAUGCACACUAGCGAUAUUUAGUGAGGUUGGAGGUAUGCACACUAGCGAUAUUUAGUGAGGUUGGAGGUAUGCACACUAGCGAUAUUUAGUGAGGUUGGAGGUAUGCACACUAGCGAUAUUUAGUGAGGUUGGAGGUAUGCACACUAGCGAUAUUUAGUGAGGUUGGAGGUAUGCACACUAGCGAUAUUUAGUGAGGUUGGAGGUAUGCACACUAGCGAUAUUUAGUGAGGUUGGAGGUCACACUAGCGAUAUUUAGUGAGGUUGGAGGUCACACUAGCGAUAUUUAGUGAGGUUGGAGGUAUGCACACUAGCGAUAUUUAGUGAGGUUGGAGGUAUGCACACUAGCGAUAUUUAGUGAGGUUGGAGGUCACACUAGCGAUAUUUAGUGAGGUUGGAGGUAUGCACACUAGCGAUAUUUAGUGAGGUUGGAGGUAUGCACACUAGCGAUAUUUAGUGAGGUUGGAGGUAUGCACAUUAGCGAUAUUUAGUGAGGUUGGAGGUCACACUAGCGAUAUUUAGUGAGGUUGGAGGUAUGCACACUAGCGAUAUUUAGUGAGGUUGGAGGUAUGCACUCUACCGAUAUUUUCAAGCAUAGAAAUACUAGAUCUGCAGGACGGCGUCUAUAAACAUGUAUCUGGUUGUUAUAAGCGCAGGAUCACCAAAAUUAAAUAAAACUUCAGCAAGCAAAUCUUGACGAAUUCCGCAAUUCAUCACAGAUGUGGAAAAAAUACUAGCUAGGUAAAGGGUGCUGUCGGAUGUAAAUCACCCCCUGAAAAAAUCCUUCCAUAACUGAAGCAUGUAUUUAAAUCAUAGGUAAGUGAUUUAUCCCUUUUACUGUGCCCUCAACCCCACCCCAUCUGGAUCCACCACCGUUUUCUCCGCUCGAUAUGUUUACAUGCACGAGUCUCUGGUAAAUGACACUGUGUAUUUUUCAAGGAUAGUACAGAAUAGAUUUAUUAAAACAAAUUAGGGGCCCUUAAGGGCAUUCAAGUAAAGAGCAGCACACAGAAGAAGAAAGUCAAAAUUGAUAGCAGUAAGAUGUCGUCAAAAACAGAAAUUAUAUAGGGGGGGGGUCAUAUAUAAUAAAUGCUUAUAAGACAUGAAAUUAAUAAAAUAUACAUACAAACAAGAAUUUGUUACAUGCAUAAACAUACAUUUAUACUAAAGUAUUUACAAUAUUAGGCUUUUUAAAACAAAAACAAAACAUUUACUGGGUUCUUUUUAAGAUUAAACUGCACUAUUUCAUAUCUUAAAAGCAUUGAUUUAAAAAAUGCUUAGCUUCAUAACUAGCAACCAAUCAUUCUCAUUAUACAUAAUCCACAGAAAAUUUCCUUUAUUUGUUAGGCAUAAACUAAUUUUUUUAAUUAUUAUUAUUUUAGCAAUAUCCUCAAAAAAUUCAUAUUUAGGCCUAGAUCUACCUCGUACAUGUAAUACUUAUCUCUACCAUAAGAAACUGAAGUUCUAUAUUACAAUAGAUAUCAAAGAGUGGUUCAGAAGUAAAAUAUCCCAAUGGCUAUAUAAUCAUGCAUUCAAUAUUAUACCUAGCCUAGCUAAUGGUGAACAUUUUACAAUAGGCCUAAUAGAACAAAAAUUUCUAUUUCCUUUCUUUUCUUUUCUUUUUUUUUUUUAAAUCAUUACAUGCCUAGCAAGAAAGUUGCAUGUACAUCAGUUAAAUGAUUCUAAACACGGGGUUAAUACCCUUUUGAACCGUCGCACGUCUUAGUUGACUGUGUAGGCGCAUAGGCCUAGGGGAGCCGUCCAUAAAUAGAUUAGACUACCCCCAGCUCAGCUCUGUCACAACUUACAUAAGUAUUUAUAAUGAACCUCAUUGUUGAAAUUGUACAUACCCGGACUCCCUGACGACCCUUGACUGGUGAAUAAACCUAAUCAAAUUAUAUAUCUUUUAUUUGAAUGUUUGUUUAUUUAUUUACUGCAUGAUUAUCGGUGAAUGCGAUAAGGAUAUGACGUCACAUUCUAGCAGUUUCUAGGUCGUGCGAGAAUCAGCGAGAUUCGUCAGCUAGGUAAUAAAUGACCCAGCGAUCGACUUCGGGAGAUCAGUGUAUAUAUAAGCAGUAGACUUAGCGAAGGUGUUGAAAUUGUGCUGUCGUGUCUGGAUUACACGUAAUCAUGGGGAAGGACUAUUAUAAAAUUCUCGGCAUUAGCAAAGGCGCUUCCGAUGAUGAAAUUAAGAAGGGCUACCGAAAAAUGGCACUCAAAUAUCAUCCAGAUAAGAAUAAAUCGCCAGGAGCUGAGGAAAAAUUUAAGGAGAUUGCAGAAGCAUACGAUGUACUAAGUGAUAAAAACAAAAAAGAAGUUUACGACAAAUAUGGCGAGGAAGGACUGAAAAACGGCCCACCACCUGGCAGUGGAUUCCAAGGAUCCGCGCCUGGUGGCGGCAAUUUCCACUAUGAAUUCCAAGGUAAUCCGCGAGACACAUUCCGUAUGUUCUUCGGUGGGGACGAUCCUUUCGCCAGCUUCUUCAGUGGUGGUGGCGGGCCUGGGUUUGGUGGGCCUGGCCCGUCUCGUAUGUUUCAUUUUGGUGGCCCCCACGGCCCAGAGGAAAUGGAUGUUGAUGAUGACCCUUACAGCCAUUUCGGAGGUCCCAUGGGGGGUGGAGGACGGCCACAGAGGAAAAGACAAGACUCUGCAGUGAUUCGCGAGCUGCCAGUGGCACUGGAAGAUAUAUACAAAGGUGCUACUAAAAAACUCAAAAUUACUCGCAAAAUGUUGAAUAAUGAUGGGCGCACCACCAGAACUGAAGAUAAGAUCUUGACAAUUGAUAUCAAACCCGGGUGGAAGUCCGGAACCAAGAUAACAUUCCCUAAGGAAGGUGAUCAAACUCCGAACAAUAUACCAGCAGAUGUCAUCUUUGUUAUAAAAGACAAACCACAUAGUGUGUUCACCAGGGAAUCUAGUGACAUUCGAUACAAGGCCAAAAUAUCACUCAAAGACGCAUUGUGUGGAACUACUCUACAAGUCCCAACAAUAGACGGCAGGAAAAUUCCCUUACGUUUACGAGAAGUUGUGAAACCUCACUCUGUCAAGCGGAUACAAGGCGAAGGAUUGCCGAUACCCAAACAACCAGGCAAACGAGGGGACUUAAUCAUAGAAUUUGAUGUGGUUUUCCCAAACCAGAUCUCAUCUACAGCUAAAGAAAUUCUGGCAGACUGCCUGCCAGCUUCAUAACUGUGAAGUGCAUAAUUUUUGUAAUAAUGUGUGAAUGUAUUCGAAUGCCUGUAGGAAACGACAAUGAAACAGUGAAAAUGAUGAACUCUGAUAUGUGUGUGUGUGUCUGCCCUCACAAACUCAUUAUCAUAGACAGAUAACUGGCCUGCUAUGUAGAGACUCUGUGUACAUGUUAAAUUGUUUGAUGAUAUUGCUGCAAGGAAUGUGUGCUGAAUUUGGUUGUGUUUCUAUUACAUGUUCUGCCAGUGUUGCUUUAUGAAGAUGAAUGUCUAUAUACUAAAUGGCUGUGUGUUCGCAUUGCCUCUCUGUACUGUUAUUUAUUAUGAAGAAUGCUCCAAUUACUUUUGUAAUUGAUGGUUAAAGUUAUAUAAAUUUUAAAGAAAGA